AAUCAAAAUGAUUUUGCUUCUGAUAUUGGCGAUAGUUUUAAUAGUAGUAAUUCAGUUUUGGUAUAAAGACCAUUACCGUUAUUGGACGAAGCGAGGUUUUGUAUCAGAUGUUGCUUGUUUCCCACUCGAUUCAUUAACGGGCACUGGAACUAGUAAAACCAAUGUCGAAUUAUUCGAUGAUUUUUAUUAUCGUUUCAAGGGUCAUCCAGUAGCGGGUUUAUUCUUUGUAUUUAAACCAACGAUUGCAGUAUACGAUCCAGAAUUGAUUCAGGCCGUUCUUGUCAAGGAUUUCACAUACUUUCAUGACCGAUACAUAUACUAUAAUGAAAAAGAUGAUCCACUAUCGGCUCAUUUGGCAGCAAUUGACGGUCAGAAAUGGAAAGAGCGCCGAUCAAAAUUAACACAAGCUUUUACAUCGAGCAAAAUGAAAAUGAUGUUUGACAUUAUCGAAAAUAUCGGUGAUCGGUUUACAUCAGCUAUCAAGAAAGAUCUCCAGAAUGCGAAUGAUGUCAAAAUAUCGGAAUGGUCAGCUCGUUUCACUACCGAUGUAAUCGGAAAUAUAGCGUUCGGUGUCGAUUACAAUUGCAUUGAAAAUCCGGAAACAGAAAUUAGGAAGCACGGUAGGAAUUUGUUCCGAAUCGAUACACCAAUACGAGCUAUGAAAAUGCUUUUUACAAAUUCAUUUCCAAACCUUUCACGGCGUAUGGGUCUUAUGAUGAAUCCGAAGGAUUCGGCAGACUUCUUUUUGAAAAUAUUCAACGAUACGAUUAAGUAUCGCGAAAAGAGCAACGUCGAGAGAAACGACUUCAUCAAAAUAAUGCUGCAGAUAAAAGAAAGUGGUGCACUGACUUUCAACGAGAUGGCAGCCGAAAGUUUCGUUUUUUUCUUCGGAGGCUUUCACACAACGGCAUCAGUAUUGAAUUUUAUUUUAUAUGAAUUGGCACUAAAUCAUCAAAUACAAACCAAACUUAGACAGGAAGUCGUUAAGGUACUGAACAAGGGGAAGUUAUUGUACGAGUCUCUUGCUGAAAUGAAAUAUCUUGACUCGGUAGUCAACGAAGGUCUCAGGAAAUAUCCACCACUUCAUAUUCUUGUGAGAAGAUGCGUCAGAGAUUAUAAGAUUCCCAACACAAAUUUGAUCAUACCAAGAGGUACCCAGUGCACCAUACCUAUUUAUUCGAUUCAUCAUGACAGCGAAUAUUUUCCGCAGCCUGACGUUUUCGAUCCCGAACGCUUUAACAGUCACAAUGCGGCAAAAAUAAAACCAUUCACAUUUCUGCCUUUCGGUGAAGGACCUCGCAUAUGCAUUGGUAUCCGCUUCGCUUUUAUGACCACAAAACUAGCCCUAAUUAAAUUAGUGAGUGAGUUCGAGCUCGAUAAGUGCGAGAAAACAUUGAUUCCAAUGAAAUUUUCAACUAAGUUUGCGUUGUUGGCACCCCAUGAUGAAGAAAUAUUUCUUCGGAUUACAAGACGAACAUGACA